AUGGAGUCGAACUCAAAGUCCUCCAAAGCGUAUCGCGCUCGCGAUCUUUUUCCUUCUGUGAAACCCUCUUAUCUGUCUCUCAAUUUAGUCUUUGUGUGCAUAAUCCUUCUGUUAAGGAACGAAUCUACAAACUAUCGUUUGUUAGCGUUGGAAAAACAGAUAAAGGUUUUGUCAACUAAGCAGAGCUGUGCUGAGAGUGGCUCUUAUGCAAAUCGCAACGAAAUGUUCGUCAAGCCGGAACUGGAUUCUGAUCAGAUUUUUGCCAGGAGGAUCAAGACUCCUGUUGCAAAGAAGCUUGAUUAUCCCUCAGGUAGAGAAAUUUGCAAAACAUUUGGUAUAACUUUUAUUUUGAUUAUCAGCAGGAGAAGUAGAAGUAAGAAUCUAAAUUGAAUGUGUUCUUUGAUAACGCUAUAUCCAUUUUAAUCUCUUGAUUGUGCCAACUAGAGGAGAAGGUCAGUAUCCAACGACGCUCAAAACUUGAAGUGUAUUUUCGAAACUUUAUAUUUUCCAUAUGGUUGAUGCAAACUUGCAUGCAACCUUAAUGAGAGAACGCAGUAGCGUAGUUGGGCAAUCGAGCCAUGAACUGUGUUAUCAUAUAACUUGUCGCGUAACUUGAGCGCAACAUACAGUCAACUGUUGUUGGUUUUCGUUUGCAAAAUGCUUUAAAUAGUUCAGCGUGAGCAUUGGCUUCACUUCAUUUUCCUGUCAGCUCGAAAGUGUCAGCAGCUCUGCAUCCACAGGACGUAUAAACAGAUAUUACAAAGGUGCUUUCGUCGGCUUGAGGCCGAGGUCAUCAAUGUUUGCUUUGAUUUAUAAGUUGAAAUGUUCUUGACAGCUGUAGUCAUGACUAAGUUUUAACCGAUAAAUCAAGUCGAACAGUGGCUGAGUUUAUGAGGAUCGAAUUCAUGCUGUCUGUAGUUAGUUGGCAGCAAAUAGACUGCGUAAUAUUUCCAAAAUUAAAUCAUGAUAAUUCAUUUAUUUUCAUUCAGUUAAUCCACUGUUUAUAUCUAUCUGUAUUUGAUUCCAUGGACUUCUUUCAUUUCUGUUUUUGUCUUUUAGUUCACACAUAAUUCUAUUGAUUUUUUUGCAGUAUCCCUCAGUAAGUCCUAUUCAGAAAUGUUACGCACAGUUACUAACUGUGCGUAACAUUUGACAAUGUAGUAGCCUGGUGGACUCAUCUGAUUUUGGAAUGAUAAUAUUGUCAUUUGCACGCUAAAUCAAAUAUCAGUUCAAUAUAAAUAGGAGGUACAUUCAUUUCUUUAAGGUGAAAGCGGGCGGGACAAAAUUACCAAGGCCACAAGGACUCGCAGGCAUGUUUCAAAUGUUAUCACAAUUGACGACGUACGCAAUGAAAUCGCCAAGCACUUUGAACAGCUCAUUCCCACAAAGUAUUGCAAAUCAACCGAAAAAAUCUGUCCAGCAGGCCCCCCCGGAAGCCCUGGCGUCCAAGGUGCGAAAGGGAAACGUGGCAGGAGGGGAACACAAGGGAAAAGAGGACUACAAGGUAAUAUGGGUCCACCAGGUAGGCAUGGAAAACCGGGGAUGACUGGACCUGUCGGACCAAAAGGAGUGAAAGGGGAACGGGGAGAGCAAGGCCCGAAAGGCAUGCCAGGACCGCCCGGUAGACCCGGAGAGUCAAUAUCUGCCCCAAAAGUCACGACAUCACCUGCUGAACAGACUCGAGAUGAAGGAAGAAAUGGAACGUUUUACUGCACGGUUUCUGGGAACCCACGUCCUCAAGUCGAAUGGAGAUUCAAGAGUGCAAAGCUUGUCUCUGGAUCAGAACACUUGAUUAAAGAUAGGGAAUUGACAAUUAAACGUUUAAAGUACAGUGAUGCUGGACAAUACUAUUGUGUCGCCACAAAUGUCCUUGGAUCACACGAAAGUUAUGGAAAUUUAAGUGUUCGAGGUGAGGACAAAAUUCGCUGAAACUGAUUAGAAGGCAUUAUUUUCAUUUUACAAUGGAAUGGCUCUUAUAUUGUCAUUUCCUAGCCAAAGCUGAUUUGAACCACCCCAUAGAUAGCUAAACCAACAACUGAGAAUUUUGUCAAGAUAAAAUACCCUGCCAUUACAACAUUAACCGGCAAUACGGCACAGUAUACUUCCUGGAUCAGUAGGGUCGUAUUACAACAGGAAAGAACGUUAGUUAAUUUUUCUCUUUCACUCAUAUUUCAAUCAUGCUCUGCUGGCUUGAUACAGGUCUUCCUAUUUUCACCGUGGUACCUCCAUCUCUUGCAACACCAAAGGAGCGUUCUACCUUCCGACAAGCUUGUCAAGCUGAAGGGUUUCCACCUCCUACCACAAGUUGGCGCAGAACUGGACUGUCUUUACCAACUGGAAAGACUGUCAUAAGUAAUGGAAGCCUGGUGAUAAAUAAUAUUUGCCCUGUUGACAGCGGAUUGUAUGAAUGUGAGGCAACAAACAGUCUGGGUUCAAAGAAAACCUCCAUGAACGUGGUAGUGCAGCAGCAACAGCCCAAAGGUCUUAGAGGUUUUUUUAUAUGCUUACUUUAAGCCUUACUCUCGGUGUUUAAGCUUUCUUUGAAUAAUGGGAACGUUACCCUUGAAAACCCUUUGGCGUGUUACUUCAGACCUAAUAUACAUGAAAAAAUUAGGCGCAUCUGAUUGCCUAAAGACGAGUGCAUUUUUAAUGUAACACGAGUGCAAAGUUGUAACACUAUUGCUAAUUUUUAUGUACUUUAUCAACAAGUAGUAACAUGUUUUCUCUUGCAGUUUGGUGUAAUGAGUAUUGGUAAUAACAUGAUUUCGAGUGCGAUUUGGUGUAAAUAAGCAUGAGUACAUUUUUCAAAUACAACAAAAUUGCACGAGCCCGUAGGGCAAGUGCAGUUUGUAGUCUUUCAAAAAUUUACGCAUACUUAUUUUCACACCAAAUUGCAAGAGAAAUCUUGUUUCUAAUGUAGAUGAAAAAACAUCACAGAAAGUUAAGAUAGACGAAUUCGAAAUUUUGAAAGCGUGAGCGCGCUAUUUGUUGCACUCGUAUUACACGAGAAUGCACUCGUUUUCAGCCAAUCAGAAGCGCGUGAUUUUUUCAUGUACAUUAUUAGCACUUAUAAAUUUUUCAAAGACUACAAAUUUCACCUGCCCUACGGGUUCGUGUAAUUUUGUUGUCUUUGAAAAAUUUCCUCGCGCUUAUUGACACCAACCUUCACUCGAAAUCAUGUUGUUACCUAUUCAAAUUGCACUCCACUUGGUUCAGUUACCAUGUACGACCGGUGGAUGUAAUAUACUCGACCAAUAUUUUUUUUCAUUUUUUUCGUCAAAAUAGUUAUGAACCAACUAUCUCUACAUGAAUACCUGAGCCUUUAGGUAGUACAGAAGUAAAAAUCCUACAAUCAUUCAACCAUCUGUACAAUCAAUCCUAUCAUUUUCAUCUAAAGCUAUAUCAAUUUAUUUUUCAAUAGAUUACGACUGCUGGCGCAGCAGAUCCGAAAGUCCAGAUAGAAGCUGGAACCACAGUCCUGGCAGCAUCGACGCAGUCGAUUUCCAAACAAGUAGUGACGUCACACUGCUGGGAUACCGUCUGUGGGGAGUCCACCGAGGUUCAACCACUUUCCAGGCUACCGUUCGAUUAUAUCGUGGAAGCUCCUUGAUCGAAGAAAAGACUGGAUCCUACUACACCACAUCCUCAGUAAAAACGUUUGAAGUUCGUUUUUCUCGGGGCAUUUCUCUUCGUGCAGGUGUAUUAUACACAGCAACAUCACAAUUAACCACAAAUGGUCAUCAAACGCAUGCUCAUACAGAUGGUAUGCCGAGUAUUUCAUGUGCAGGUAUCACUGUAACGUUUGCGAAAUCAUCCAAAGAUAACAACGGAUCAAGUGUAUCCGGUGGCCAAAUACCAGCGCUUAUCUUCCGUUCCCCGACCAGUCACUGCUAAAAGAAACUUCCAAAGUUUCCACUCACAUUAUUGACUUUGUUUAUUUUUAUUCAGUCUGAAAUGUUUCACACAUUGCCGGUAGAUUUCAAACCUGUAUAGACAACGCUGGAGCAGGUUACCAUACGUCCAUUUGUUUCGUGGAAGUUCCUUGAUCGCACUCAAGACUGGAUACCAUUGCACCACAUUCAUAAUGAACACGGUUAAAGUUAGCUUGCGGAGCAGGCGAGCGAGUGCUCAGUAGCGAGUGUUCAGUAUUUUCUUAGCGAAAAUUAUAGCCGCCAUCUUUUAUUUUAAUGGCAGAGGAAGGCUGGGAAGAGAAAGAAAAUUGUACCAAGGGAGCCGUCGAAGAUUUUCGCCUUUCCCGCCCCCCUCACCCCACCGCCUAUAUCUCCAAAUCAAUAUGGCUGGUUGAAUAAACGAUCGCGAGUUUCUUAACGUUAACUCGCCCUUGUAAGACGUCGCACUGCAGCUGGUUUGAAGUUCGUACUUCUCAAGGGACUUCUCUUCAUGCGGGUGUUUUAUACACUACACAUGAUUACACAUGGUCGUCAAACUUAUUAUCUUACCAAUGGUUUAUCGAGUAAUUCAUGUUCUGAGGUUAAUGUUACUUUUAAAGACACGAGCUCAUCAAAUAUAUCUCAAGGCCAAAUACCAGUUGUGAUCCUUUUUUCCAGUAACUGCUAAUAGGGUAUUUCAUAGUUUCACUCAAAAAACCUAUUUUGUAUAAUUUGAAGAAACAUUUUUACCCAUUUAAUUGAUUUUAGGAUAUUUUUUUAGUUAACACUGGUUAAAAAAAAUUAAAUACCAGCGCCAGCAAGUUAAUUAUUUAGCAUAAAUUAACCCUGAUGAUGAAGAAGACAGUUGGUGACAGUUAUAAAAAUAAGGAAUCAAGUAAUAAGAGAUUCAGCUUUUACUGCUACCGUCGUAGUCAUCUUUUAACCUCCUCAGGAUUCCCAUUAGUGACCAAGAUAGAGCCUCUCCUUAUAAUAUCAACUGAUCAAUACAAUUUCAAGCAGACAAGUGAUGAGAAAAUAGAGAGAUAUCAGUUAGGGGACCCAAUGCCAAAUUGUCUCAACUAACAUAUUAAGAAUAGUUUAGCAGACUGUAAAAAAAAUUAUUGGUGAGAUAUUGAGAGGGAGAAGGUUAACAGCGAGAAGAAGGACUGUGUGAAACUAAGCCAAUCAAAUCAACGAUACGGUAAAGUUCAAAAUAAGGUUUGAUCAGAAUUCAAGACUAACGUGCGGAUGAUCAGUUUAAAAUACUUUUGCGUCGAUUGUCGCAAGUAGCAUUUUCUCACGUACUCUAAUAAGUGUUUCUUUUGUUUUCCAUAACCUCAACAGUUAUUAAACUCAUGCGCUAAUUGUAAGAGGAAUGAACAAUUCUAAUACUGCACAAGGCAGAGCCAGGAUACCUUUUGUUUACAUAUAGCUACUGUUAAAGUUUCAUGAGAUUCUUGGGGAGGGCUGGGAAGUCAUCAUUGCAUGAAAAUGUUGCGUUAUUUUAGCUUAGUGACGUAAUCACAUGCAAAACAGAAAACCUAUCGCAUCCCAUAUAUUCACAAAGUCAAAAAUCCAAACGUGGACACUAGUGUCUAAAAUCCAAAUCGGACAUUAGUGUCAAAAAUAUAUAAUCGGGCGCUAGUGUCCAAAAUCCAAAAUCGGACACUACAGUAACCAAAAUCCAAGUCCUCUGUCUUUUCAAAUGAGAUAUUUAAAAUUUCCUUCAGAAGAUCGGGGGGAAGUCGCGAAGGCCAAGGGCUGAAUGCACUCAAAUUAUGAUCGCUCGGUGCGCUGGAAUUAGCUUUAAGCUCUGGCUGGUUAUUAGCAAACUGUCAGAGAAACCUGAAGAAAAAUGAGGGGGGGGAGGGGGUAGUGCCGAGGUCCUCAAUGGAGCAAGCGUGAUUUUUACAUAAGGGCGGGAUAUCAUUCCCUGAAUCCAGGAUAAAUCCUAGCAAGAUGGGCUUUUUGACUCGUAAGCUCGUUUGAUCUCUACCUGUCAAGAGGCUAAUAUUUUUUACAGUAGUUUAGUGCAGUAGAAAAGGCGAUCAGACUAUUCUUAAGUGGCUCACUUAACUCAAUCUUCAUCGUCUGUAACAUGCAAAAUCCUUUUUUUUUUUUUUGUGAUGAUUAUGUCUGAUAAGGCAAACGCAUGCCUUCCUUCGGUUAAUCGAAAGUAUGUAUGAUCUAACCCUGCUCUUACAGGGAAAUUCCGUAAACAUCCUGUGUGACAUAGAGAGAAUUCUUUGGGCUGGAGUUUCUCAAAUUAACGGUAACUUGUUAACCAUUUGAUUAACAAAUAAACCCGUAAAAUGAUCUUAAUCAAUACUUUGGUUAUCUGCCCGGACGUGUUCAAAGAGGAUCAAAUUUUUUGGCAGAUUUUCAUUAACCUUCGUGUUCCUGUUUCACUGAAACGCAACAGACAGAAGAGGCGAGAAAAUGGAGUCGAACUCAAAGUCUUCCAAAGCGUAUCGCGCUCACGAUCUUUUUCCUGCUUUGAAACCUUCUUAUCUGUCUCUCAGUUUAGUCUUUGUGUGUAUAAUCCUUCUGUUGAGGAACGAAUCUACAAACGAUCGUUUGCUAGCGUUGGAAAAACAGAUGAAGGUUUUGUCAACAACACAAAGCUGUGCUGAGACUGGCUCCGAUGCAAAUCGCAACGAAAUGUCCGUCAAGCCGCAACUGGAUUCUGAUCAGAUGUUUGCCAGGAGGAUCAAGACUCCUGUUGCGAAGAAGCUUGAUUAUCCCUCAGGUAGAGAAAUUUGCAAAAAAAUUUGUUAAACUUUUAUUUUGACUAUCAGUAGAAGGAGUAGAAGUAACUAUCUAAAUUAAAUAUGUUCUUUGAUGACACUGUAUCCUUCCAAGUCUUUUGACUUGAUCGUGCCAACUUAAAGAAAAGGUGAGUACCCAACGUCGAGAUUUCCUAGAUAACAAGCGAGAAAAAAUGUUAAGUAAUCUUCCUAGUUCCUUUUGACGCUCAAAACUUAAAGUUUAUUUUAGAAACUUUAUAUUUUCCACUGAUAGCUGAUGCAAACUCACAUGCAACCCUAAUGAAAGAACGCGAGUAGUGUAGUUGGGCAAACGAGCCUUGGACUGUGUUAUCCUAUAACUUGCCGCGUAACUUGAGCGCAACAUACAGUCAACUAUGGUUGGUUUUCUUUUGCAAAAUACUUUAAAUAGCUCAGUGUAAGCAUUGGCUUCACUUCAUUUUCCUGUCAGCACGAAAGUGUUGGCAGCUCUGCAUCUACAGGAUGUAGAAACAGAUAUCACAAGGGUGCUUUCGUCUGCAUGAGGCCGAGGUCAUCAAUGUUUGUUUUGAUAAGCUGAAGUGUUUCGUUAAUUGAAGCAAACUGAAAAGACGGCCGUAGUCAUGACUAAGUUUUUACCGAUAAAUCAAGUCGAACAGUGGCUGAGCUUAUGAGGAUCGAAUUCAUGCUGUCUGUAGUUAGUUGUCAGUAAAUAUACUGCGUAAUAUUUUCAAAAAUGAAAUCAUUUGUAUCUGUUUUGGUCUUCUCGUUCACACAUUAUUCUGUUGAUUUUGUCCGGUAUUCCUCAUUAAGUCCCAUCCACAAAUGUUAUUUACAUUUACGGCGUAGUAACUUGGUGGACUCAUUUGAUUUUGGAAUGAUAAAAACUUCAUCUGUACCCUAAAUCAAAUAUCAGUUCAAUAUAUAGGAGGUAAUUUAUAUUCUGCACUGACUUAAAUACGCAAAAUGACGGCAAGGUACUAGCAUAUGUCCUGUGUGGUAAGCGCCGUAUAUCCGAAACCCAAUUUUUUAAAUUUUUAUUAAACAUUUUUACCCAUUUUAAUAAAUCUCAGGUCUAAAUUGAUUUCAAGAUAUCAUUAUUACCGCUGAUGAAAAGAUAUUUUUUUCCAAGAUAAGAAAUUGUAUAGACGAGCUACGCACAAAUGCACUUCGGCCUAUGCCGACCGGCCUCGCAACAUCUUGGAAAACUUACAUUCAGCAGUUUUCUUUUCCUGUCAAUUGAAAAUUGCUGUUCUUGUUGUUGCUUUGAUUUUUUUUUGCUUAUUGACCAUGCAAUGUUGACCAACUAGUUUUUGUCUGACCGCUCUCGUAUGUCGUUGUGCUUGUUUCUUCCACUUUGGUUUCUUAAUGUCUUGAGUUGCCUUUCAGCAACUUAGUAAACUCGUCCUAAAUCUAUCUGAAAGAAAAUAUGAAUUGUUUUCAAUAAGGAUGAUAAAUAUCAUUAAUUUCUUCAGGUAAAAGUCAACAAAACCGACCGGACAUACCUCUCAUGGUAAGCAGAAAUCGCAGGAAAGCUCCAGCAAGUUUACCUAAUGUCAUCACAAUUGAUGACGUACGCAGAGAGAUCACCAAGCGCUUAGAACAGCUCAUUCCUACGAAGUAUUGCAAGUCGACCGAAAGAGUCUGCCCUUCGGGUCCCCCCGGAAGCCCUGGCGUUAAAGGAGUAAAAGGAUCUCGUGGUAGGAGGGGACCACGAGGAAAACAGGGACGACAGGGUAUUAUGGGUCCACCAGGUAGGCAUGGAAAGCCAGGAAUGGCUGGACCUGUUGGACCGAGAGGGGAAAAAGGAGACCAGGGAGUGCCAGGCUCGAGAGGCAUGCCAGGACCACCAGGUAGUCCUGGAGAGUCAAUAUCUGCCCCACAAGUCACGAUAUCACCUGCUGAACAGACUCAAGAUGAAGGAAAGGAUGUGAAGUUUUAUUGCUCGAUUAGUGGGAAUCCACCUCCCAGAUCUGAAUGGAAGUUUAGGGGCAGGAAGCUUAUUUCAGGCUCUAAACAUGUGGUCAACGAUGGAGCAUUGACCAUUAAACGUUUGAACUACAGUGAUGCUGGACGGUAUUCUUGUGCUGCGACUAAUAUCCUUGGAUCGCAUGAAGGGUCAGGAAAUUUAACUGUUCGAGGUAAGAAUUUUAUAUCCAAAUUUGAUAUCUUGUCUGAAACGUUCCUAUAUUGCUGACGGCGAGAAAAGGAUUGAUUUAACAGUAAAAUAUGUAAGUUUUAAGGACUUCGGUCCUCAAGCGUUGAAAAUACCCCAAACCGAAGAUUACACUGCCUGGCCAUUUCACAUUAAGAUUAUGUAUGGGGACAAUUCCGAAAAGGAAUUGGAAAGAAACUUAUACGACCCUUCGUACCCUUCCCUUAAUUGUUAAGAGGUUUCCGGUGAGCCUGAAUAGAUUAUCCUCUGUAGAGGUUCAUCAAUUACAGUUUUUUCUAAUCAUACAUGCAGUAUAUUUUCUUCUAUUUUCUUUUUUCAUGUAGGUCUUCCCAUUUUGAUCUCUCCACCACCGUCUGUCAUCACGCCAAAAGAGUAUUCCACGUUGAACGAGACAUGUCAAGCUAAAGGGUUUCCACGUCCCUCCAUAAACUGGACCAGACUAGGAAUGCCUUUCCCUGCAGGGAAGACUACGAUCAGUGGAGGCAGCCUAACUAUAAAUAACUUGAGUCCUGCCGACAGUGGAGUGUACGAAUGUAGAGCGACAAACAGCAUGGGUACAACGAAAACAAAGAUGAACGUGGCAGUGCAACGAGAUCCAUUUAAAGGUUUGUAUAGCCUCGGCAUUUGCUUGGUGACAGACUGUUCGACAGACUAAAUUCAUGACUGACUGGCUCACUGACGUCUAACAAAAUGGUUUAGGCUGUGCUUAAUUCUCCCGCCGAAUUUGAAUAUACUUUCAUUCGGAAUACGUUAUAGCUUACUGACUUCCAUAUACAGUUCGAUCGUGGUCGAAUUUUCCGCCUUCUUCAAAACGACAAAUUGUUAGCCUUAUGGUAAAGCACCGUCCGGUCGUUACCACCAAUUCUAAAACCUCAGGUAAUCUGUAUCGCUUGGUCAAUGCAGUAGUCUUCAGUGUGAUAUUUUCACGUAAUGACGUCACUGUCAGUUGUAAGCGUUCAACAAUUUGGAGUAACAUUCCUUCCUUGGUACUUGAACUGCAUGAUACAAUAAAUCAAGGAGCUAGAAACGACCAUCAUUUAAGCACUUCUGCAGAACUAAAAGCAAAUAGCUUCAAACCUGGAUAGAAAUAUGCAUAAAGGUUCAUCCAUUAAAAACAUUUUAGCUGUUUAUGUGACUUCCGCUUCCUCACAUGUUCAUUUUGAUGGUCUAUUUGAUUUUAUCAUCAUUAUUAUUAUUACUAUUAUCAUUAUUUUUUGUCAUUAUUAUUGUUACUAUUAUCAGUAACGUUAUUAUAAACAUUAUUAUCAAUACCCUGAAUUACUGUAAUCAUUAUUAUUAACAUUAUUAACAUUAUUAUCAAUACCCAAGGCAGUAAUUCUUAACUAACUUAGUUAAUAUGUGUGUGCGUGUGUGUGUGUGUACGUGUGCGCGGUCAAAGUUAAUUACCAUAAGUCCAUAUUGUAAUUCUAAUAUAAGAUUAGUUAUUUUAAGUGAGAAAGCCUGACUUGUUAAGCCUCGUGGUUUCUUUCAGGUUUUCUCGCCAUUUAUUUUCUGUCAUCAAUUUUCUUCAUUUUUUUUUUUUCCAUGUGUAAAUGUCGUAUAUAGCAAAUAAAUAUUGUAUUGUAUUGUAUUGUAUUGUACCCUGAAUUACUAUUACCAUUGUUAUUAACAUUAUCAUCGUUAUUAAUUUUAUCAUUUUAUCAUCAUUCCUAUUAUCAUCAUCAUUAUUAUUAUUAUUAUUAUUAUUUUAAUAUUCUUUAUUCACUAUAAUCACUAAAAUAAUUUACAAAAAAUUAUUAUAAAAUCCUUAAAAAAAUCGAUUACAUUAAAAUGUUUAAUAAAAAUCUAAGAAAAAACUAACGGAUACACGCUUCGUUUACUGUGACGUUUACUUCUUGAACUUUAAAGAAGAAGAAGAAGAUAAUAAAAAAUAAAUGUUAUAUAAAUAUUAUAAUAAUAUUAUUUUAUUAUUAUUGUUAUUGUCAUCAUUAUUGUUAUCGUUAUUGUUACCAUUGUUAUUAUAUCCAUCGCUGUAGCUCUAUUACUGUUUCUUUUUGUUAUUUUUAUUCACAUUUUGACGUUGCGUUUUACUAAGUUAUGAGUACUGGCGAGACCACACACCUCAAAGUCCUAAAUAUGAAUAGAGAUCAUUUUCGUUUCCUGUCAAUUUUACCGCUCAUAUUCAUUUUUCUUUUAACUCGACUGUUAUUGUUGACGUAACCUUGGAUCUUGAAUUGUCGGUUCGAAUUUGAGAGACUCCUCCUCCACAUCCUCUUCCUUCUUAGCACUUUCAUGAAAGGGAAACAAUUCGUCCUCAGCAACCGAAAUCUCCCCUCUAGUGAUAAAAACACACUCAAGCACAUUAAACAAAAUCAUACAAGUCAUAUCGAUCAGAGCUCAUCGUCGAUCCAGCUCGGAUGCUAUUGAUUAUUUCUGUUGCUUUUGUUGUUUUCUACUUGUUACUAUUAUUUAUGUAACCUAAAGUUGUUAUUAACUUCUCGUCUUGAAAUGUUAUUUUAUCAUACAGAUUGUGAAUGUUGGCGAGCUCGUAGCCCUCAAAAUGCUAGUGGAGGUUGGUCAUACUCUUCCAGCGGAUCCUCCACCUCUCCAGGAAGAGUUGACGCUAUCGAUUUCCAAACGAGUGGUGAUGUUCUUCUGAAAGGAUAUCGACUUUGGGGAGUCAGCAGCGAUUCAACUACUUUCCAGGUCACCAUUCGAUUGUAUCAGGAAGGUAUCUUGAUGGGCGAGAGGACUGGGUCCUACUCCACCAGAGCCUCUGACAGGACAUUCAAAGUGUAUUUUUUACAGGGAAUUUCUAUUCGAGCAGGUCUUAGUUACACUGCAACAGUUGAGAUAGUUACAAGUAAACAUACUUAUUAUCUCGAGAAUGGUAUGUCAAGUACGUCAUGUUCUAAGGUUACAGUUACCUUUAAAAAUUCUUCAAAAAACUCUAACGGAUCUAGUACAUCUAGAGGCCAAAUACCCGCUCUAAUUUUCGGUUCACUACAAUGUCAAAUAUAGAAUCACUACUAAUCGAAAUUUAGGAAUAAGAUAAAAGUCUGAUCAAAUGAAAUAAAGAGAAGAAGCCUAAAUAAGGUAAAUAGAGGAAGCCUAAUCUGAGACGUGACCCGUUUACAACAAUUGAAUUUUGUAGCCUGUUGGUCGUUCUCCUUAUGAAGUCGUACGUAAGAUUGUUAGGUUAGUAAAACGCGAUUAUAACAUAUUGGAUAAUAACUUGAGAAAUCUAUGGGCUCAAGAACGAAAAAAGGAAAAAACUUUUUUUCAUUUUCCAAGAGAAUUCCAAUUGUCGUGCCUUACGUCAGUUGUAAUGUUCAAUGAGAUCGUCUGAGUGAGGAUAUCAGCCAUUACCGACAACCGUCCUUCUGAAGCUCUUCCUCCGCUCAGAGAGUUACGCAAGGCAAACAAAUAUUAUGUUUCUCAUCGAUUUUCUCUUUACAAGAUGCAACUGGCCUUAAUAUCUGAACCCGAAAAGUUUAAAUUAAAAGACAUCUAUAUUUCUUUCUUUAAUAGUAAUUUCAAUAAGUACCUGUUACAGUAGUCAAUCUUGGAAUAACUUAUGUAUUUCUUAAUUACAUUACGAGUAAAACUUUUUAUAAUCUUUUAAUAUGGUCAACUAGCUAAGGCAAAAAUAUGGGCAACUAACUGUGGUAUUAUUACUGUAAGUCAGUAAUGUUCGUUGUGGAGGACAAUGUAUAGUAUUCGGUAGUAAAACUGUUAAGAAAACAUGCUGUAAUGUAAGUUUUAUGAUGUAAAGUUAUUUAGCUAUUAUUUAGACUGAUUUUGUAAAAGAAACAAAGACAAUAGUGAUAAUGUUAAUGAUGAUAAAUGACAAAAAAGGCAUAAAGAA